CUAUUACACCAUGUUGUCGCGUGUCACAGUUAGUCAGUGGUAUCGAGAAUGAUUCCGUCCGUUGGUUACAAAUUAGGGACUGAACUAUAGAAACGUGGUUGUGACGCCCAGAUUAGCAUAUUUUACAUAUGGCAUUGGGGAAACCGUAGUGCGUGGUACAUUUUACGAUUCCGGAGCGGAAUAGACGCGAUGCGUAUUAGUUCUAUCUAAUUGGCCUUCAAGCAGUGCGCAGGAAGAUCCACGAUUCGAGAAUCUAAUAAUAGCGUCGUGUAAAGAAGAAUCGUGCUCCAACCGUUAGUAGCAAACGUCACAGCACCGUCAGUUGACCUGUGCGAUCGUGCGUCGCAGUGUAUAAAACAUACCAAGAACGUGUAAUAUCUAUUACCCGAUCAGUAGUGAGAUCAAUCAGUGUAUGAAUCGUAUAGUAGUGUGAUCAAUCCAAUCGUUGUACGAUCGCUAAUAUCUACCAUAGUGACUCCGAGGAACAAGAAGAAACUGAAGACUAGUGUGUGUGUGUGUAUUUGUGUGUUGUGUGUCCUGGAGCAGCAGUCGCCCAACAGCGUCGCCAAAACCACGACCACGGGUAUGCUAUUUAAUGGACACAAGGGGACGUCGAAGUGUCGUCUAUGGCCGAAUCCGUUGGUAAGCAAGUGCUCUCUGCAGUGACGGAGGGGCAUCAUCAACAGCAGCAGCAGCAACAACAGCAACAUUAUCGCCACCACCAUCAAAGCGCAGCCAGUAGCAGCAAAAACAGCAGCAGUAGCAGUCGAAGAUCCAAGAAGGCUUCACAGCGCUCCGAAACGUCAACCGCCGAUCGCAGUAGCAGUAGCAGCAGUAGAAAGCGCAAACACGGCGAGUCAGAACGCAGCAAAACCCGAGAAAGUGGCAAACAGCAGAAUUCGACGCCCUCGCCAGUAGCUUUCCGAACUCGUUCACGAACCGUCUCGAAGGAAAUAGCCCUUCCAAUUACUACCCCCACCGCCAACAGCACUAGCAGCAACAAAAACCAACCUCCGCUGGACGUUGGCCAGAAGCGCCACGGCGCCUUACGGAAGUCCGCCGCCACUUCACAUGAUAAUAAUACAAAGUCCACUAGCAAUAGUCAUAGUGCCGCCGCCGUUGCAACAUCGUUAACAGCAGUAUCGCCAAGUGCAUCGACACUUUCCUGCUCAUCGUCACUGUCUUCGCUGUCGUCCCUUCCGUCCGUCGAGGGAGGAGGAUCAAGUAAACGAUCCAAGCAACCACAUUAUUCGGACCAGCAGACACACGCCUACUACGAUCCCUGCUCCAGCAGUAGUAGUAGCAGUCGUGGAGGCAGCAGUCUCAGCUCCAUCGCUUCGUCAUCGCGGUCAAUAGAAAAGACAAAACGGAAAAAGGGAUCCGAUUCAAAGCUAUCGAAGAAGAUUUUCGAUCGAGUAUUCCAGGAAGAAGAAGAACAGCAUCAACAGCAGCACAAACGUAACCGAUCGGGCUCGAAAGCAGAUCAAUCAGUAGUAGUUCAAGCUAGUACGGUGGAAGAGGGACGGAAUCUGCGUUCUCAUCACCAUCAUCACCCGGAAUCGACCUCAGCAGCAGCGGCAGUUGCUUCGUCGAGCGGCGUAGUACCGAAAAAACGACAGAAAGUGGGGGACCAACAUCCGACGGACGGCACGGGCAGCAGCCAUAAAGCCCCGAACCUGGGGGCGCGUCUAGCUCGCAGCAGCGGCGGUAGGGAGCCCCAACAGCAUCAUCAUCACCAGCAUCAGUAUCAUUUCGGUAGUGGUCAUCACAUCGGCGGCGGAAGUGCCACUAGUAGUAGUAACAGCAGCAACAGCACCCAGGGGCAUCACCACCACCUACCUAGCACCAGCGGCGGCCUCCUAAGACGCAGUUCUCGUGGCAAAGGUUCCCAUCAAUCCGCAACAACGGGUUCUUGUGUUAGUUCGAACGCCGCCAAUCCCAGUCAAGUGCAGCUGCAGCCACAACAGUCGUCAUCAUCACGCUCCUCCGGCAGCCAUCAUCGGGGUGGAGGCGGUUCCGGUAGUGCUUCGUCGGCCAAUCUCCACCAUUCGGCUGGGAGUUCGUCCGGUGCUACGGCUAAAGGUUCGUCCUCUAAAGGUGCCUCGUCCUACUCGUCGUCAUCGGUGCUGACGGCGGCCAACAACAAUAAUUCCACAUCCCUCGGAUCGUUAGCGGCUGGGUACGAUCCAACGGCAGCAGCUCCUGGACCAUCCAACUCAGCAAUGGCCAAUGAUGGCUCCCGUAACAAUAACAACGACCAUUCUUCGUCGCAUCAUCAUCAACCAAGUGGUGGUUCCAGCUCAUCGCACCCAUUCAUCAAACUGCACAAAACGACCAGCCUUGGGUCGGCUUCGGUCGCAACGUCCGCUCCCAUCGAUGUGAACAUGAUGAACGUGGCCGGAGCUUCCGGUGCUUCGAAUUCCGCCAGCUUAGGUGCUGCCGCUGCUGCUCCGCAUCCCGAUUCGGAAAGCGACGACAGCGAAGUUGGCAGGCUUCAGGCUCUCCUGGAAGCUCGUGGCCUCCCGCCGCACCUGUUCGGUGCCCUGGGACCGCGAAUGCAUCAUCUUCUGCAUCGCACCAUGGGAGCCAACAGUAGCACCAAAGCGCAACAGCUUCUUCAGGGGCUGCAGUGCCAAGACGAAAGCCAACAGCUGCAAGCCGCAAUCGAAAUGUGCCAAAUGCUGGUCAUGGGCAACGAGGACACUCUGUCGGGAUUCCCGAUCAAACAGGUUGUUCCGGCACUGAUCACUCUGCUCCGCAUGGAGCACAACUUUGACAUCAUGAACAACGCUUGUCGAGCGCUGGCGUAUAUGCUGGAAGCACUCCCGCGAUCAUCCGGAACCGUCGUGGAUGCCAUUCCGGCCUUCCUGGAAAAACUUCAGGUCAUUCAGUGUAUGGACGUAGCGGAGCAAAGUCUUACGGCGCUGGAAAUCCUCUCCCGGCGACACAACAAAAGUAUUCUCCAGGCCAACGGUGUAUCGGCUUGCCUCACCUAUCUGGACUUCUUCUCUAUCAAUGCACAGCGGGCGGCCUUGGCCAUCACGGCCAACUGCUGUCUGAAUCUGCACACGGAAGAAUUCCAUUUUGUUAAGGAAUCGCUUCCGCUCUUGGCACGGCUUCUUGCCCAGCAGGACAAAAAGAGCGUCGAAAGUAUCUGCACGGCUUUCUAUCGUUUGGUCGAUAGCUUCCAGCACGAUCCCACCAUCCUACAGGAAAUCGCCAGUAUGGAGCUGCUGAAGAAUUGCCAACAACUGCUGGUGGUGACCCCAUCGGUGCUCAACUCCGGCACGUUCACCAACGUUGUUCGAAUGCUCAGUGUCAUGUGUGCCAAUUGUCCGGAUCUGGCCAUCACCCUUCUGAAGAACGACAUUGCAUCUACUUUGCUAUAUCUGCUGACCGGAUCAGCAGAACCGGUGGCUUCCGAUGUGGAGUUGGUCCCACGCUCGCCUUCGGAAUUGUAUGAGAUCACCUGUCUCAUCGGAGAGUUGAUGCCUCGUCUGCCGACGGAUGGUAUCUUCGCCGUCGAUUCGUUACUGGAACGAGCACAGACCAACGUCCAAGAUGCGGUCCAAUGGCAAUGGAAGGAUGACCGCGGCAUUUGGCGGCCGUAUUCGUCUAUCGAUUCCCGUAUGAUCGAAGCUGCCCAUUUGAACUCGGACGACGAAAUCAGUUUGAGCACUUUGGGACGGACCUACACGAUAGACUUCCACUCGAUGCAGCAGAUCAACGAGGACACCGGAACUACCCGGGCUGUUCAGAGGAAGAUUAACCACGCGCUGCUGGCUCAGCAACAAGGGACAGUAGUUAUUAAUACUGGUGCAAUAUCGGGAGGAGCAAUCAUUUCCAGCGAAACAGGGGAAGCAAUUCCCAGUGGCUCGGCCGGAGGAACUGGAAGUGUCAAUUUGGCCACUAGACCACCGAAUGCCACGCGAGAUGCACGGAUAGCGUGUCUGAAGGAAGAACGAGGUCUGGCGGCCGAAUUCAUCAAGAAUUUGUUCUCGGUCCUCUACGAAGUGUACAGCUCAUCUGCUGGUCCUUCGGUGAGGUAUAAAUGUCUACGAGCGUUGCUUAGGAUGGUGUACUUUGCCAAUGGUGAUCUUCUGCGGGAGGUACUCAAGAAUCAGCUAGUAUCUUCGCACAUCGCUGGAAUGAUGGCUUCAAACGACCUUCGGAUCGUGGUCGGUGCUUUGCAGAUGGCUGAAAUUCUGAUGCAGAAACUUCCGGAAGUUUUCGGAAUGCACUUCCGUCGGGAGGGUGUCGUUCAUCAAAUCACCCAACUUACAGAUCCUACCAUACCGAUUUGUGCUGCUCCGUCACCGAAAUCCGGCGCUCAAAGUGCCCCAUCGUCGGCUACCAUCCACCCGAAUAAUACAUUCGACUUUGAUAGUGCCAUUGCCUCAAGUUCAAAGAGCGGCACCCAAGCGAUAGCAAUCGUUGGCGGUGCCGGUCCCCACGUCAAAAACCUCAACUCCGCCAUGAUGAUGGCCAGUAAGAUAAGCAUGUCGAUGCCUUCGACCAGCUCGAACCUGCUCCAUUCGCCGACAUCGGCAGCCAAUCUUCCCGGAACAUCCAGCAGUUUUACCGCCAUCAAUCUGAACACAUCCACCAAAGCCCUCCACCACAACCACCAUCAUCAUCAACAAAUGUCCACCAGCACGCUUCAUCUGGAGUCGCUGGCCGCCACCAACAUGCAAUCGAACAUCCCGGGAGCAAUUGCCACCCCCAACAAUGGCAACAUUCUACUGAACGCAAUCUACAGCUCGGCUAUCCCAAUCAACCAACAGAGCUCCCAUCAUCAUCAUCACCAAGCGGAAUCGGCCGGUUCCACUCACCAUUUCCCAGAUACCUUCGCCUACAACGCCGAACAGGGUAUUCUGACAUCGCCGCUAUCGGUGACCUCCGGAGCCGGAGCUACGUUGGUAGCCACAACAGUGGCUGCGUCCCAUCACGACACUCGAUCUCACAGCCCCGGACAGCUGAAGGUUUCCGACAUUUUGAAGCGAAAGGUUCCACCAAAGCGAAAAUCACAGAGCAGCUCCAAAUCGAAAUCGCGCCACGACGACGCCGGCACUUCCGGUAGUGGAUCCCACUCGCUCGCCAGUGGUUCCAACAUGGCCGGUUCAUCCGGUUCUUCGUCGACCACCUCAUCGGUCAUGCAGGAGCUAAUCAACAAGGCCACAACGCUGGGGUCGUCGUCCGGUCGGAACACCCCGUCGUCCAGUUCCCGGUCCCGGUUCUCCGGUGCUUCAUCGAAAACCACGUCCUUCCUGGCAUCGCUCAAUCCCGCCCGAUGGGGCCGCCAGUCGUCGUCCUCUUCGUCGCACCAUUCGAGUGCAUCGUUCGCUAAGGACGGCACGAAUGCAGCGCUGGCCAAGAGCCAAUCGAAUUCCAACCUGAUUGCAGCUGGAAACCGGGAAAAGGCACGCCAGUGGAUCCGCGAACAGGCCAUCACCUUCGUGAAUCGUUACUCGACGGAUGGCACUGGUGGAGUAACGAGUGGCGCGCAGCAUCCGGCGUGUUCGAUUCUGUCCCGCUUGACUGCCGCCAUUCAGAAAUUGGAAGGCAAUCAAAUCGAUUGCCUGACGGCUCUGAAGGAACUCCGUGAUAUCCUGAUAGAAAGUGACAUAUCUCCCUUCGAGGUGAACCAUUCCGGUUUGAUUCGAGCCAUGCUGAACUACAUGGCGAACGAUUCCAACCAUCUGGUGGACCGUGCCGAGCGGCUGCGGAUGUUCCUGCACGUGUUUGCCAACCUUCCGUUGGAUGCAAACUUCUCGAGCAACGGAGCGCUGGCCAUCAACAGUGCACCGUUCAGUGCCUUCGUGGCCAAGCUGAAUGGAUGCGUCACGCAGUUGGAACAGUUCCCGGUCAAGGUGCACGACUUUCCGGCCGGCGUUGGGGGCCGAUCGAACACAAGUGCUCUUAAAUUCUUCAAUACGCACCAGCUGAAGUGCAACCUUCAGCGUCAUCCCGAGUGUACGAAUCUUCGCCAAUGGAAGGGCGGCACCGUCAAGAUUGAUCCGCUGGCUUUGGUGCAGGCGAUCGAACGCUAUCUGGUGGUACGCGGCUACGGAGGAAUACGGGUCGACAGCGAGGAGGACUCGGAAGAGGACAUUGAUAACAUUGACGCGGCUGCGAUGAUUUCGAUGGGUGGGCUGAAGCACAAGUUGCAGUUCCUGAUCGGGGAGCACGUGCUGCCCUACAACAUGACGGUGUAUCAGGCGAUCCGGCAGUAUUCGCCGCUGGUCAACGAUCAAUCGGAAACGGACACCGAUACGGAAACGCCUAUUGGAAGUGCCAGCAUUUGGGUACAGCAGCACACCAUAUACUAUCGCCCGGUUGAGGACGAUUCCAGCAGUGGGUCCAAGAGUGGCCAGUCGAGUUCUUCGCGAAAGAAUAGCAAAAACUCCCAAUCAAAGAUCAUGCGCCGGAAACCGGAAUUCUGGAUCGACGGCAUUGCCCCACCGAUCAUUUCCUCCCUGUUGCCAUUCCUGACGUCCAAACUGCCGGAUGUGGUCAGCGUGCAGGACGCUUCGCUAGAUGCCCUCUGUAUGCUCCGCAUCGUCAACGCUCUUAAUCGCCACUGGGCCUCACUGUACUUCUCGGUGCCGCAGAGUCACAUCAUUCCCCAGAUAGAAUUUAUCCAUUCAAAGAUCGCAGCCAAGGCCAGCCGUCAACUGCAGGACCCGUUGGUGAUUAUGACCGGCAAUCUGCCGCAGUGGUUGCAGCAGAUCGCCGCCGCUUGUCCAUUCCUGUUCCCGUUUGAGACGCGCCAUCUGCUGUUCUAUGCCGUUUCGUUCGACCGGGAUCGGGCACUUCAGAGGCUACUGGAUACGACGCCCGAUCUCAAUUCGGCCGACACCAGCGAGCGGGUGACGCCCCGUCUGGACCGACGCAAGCGUGCCAUUUCCCGCGAGGACAUCCUCAAGCAGGCGGAAUCUAUUAUUCAGGACUUUGGCCAUUCAAAGGCCCUCCUGGAGAUUCAGUAUGAAAACGAAGUCGGUACCGGUCUGGGUCCAACCCUCGAGUUCUACGCACUGGUUUCAACCGAACUGCAACGCUGUGAUCUAGGUUUAUGGAACGACAGUGAUAGCUAUAAGAACAACAACAACCAACAGUCCAGCUCGAUAGCGGACAACAUUGUGAAAUCGUCGCUAAAUCAGCUGGAUGAUGAUGCCACGACGACUACGAAUCGAACGUCUUUAUCGCCGAUGGCCACCCGCCAUCAGCACCAUCAGCAGCAACAACACCAGCAGGACAGCGAUCACAACGUUAGCGAUGGUAGCUUUGUCAUCAGCAACGACAACUCGCUGAACAUGCUGAUCGAACAAUCGGACAAUCUGCUGCUGAGCAGUAAUCCCCAGCAGGCCGAACUGGAGAACAAUCAGACGCCACCGCCGAUGAGCCAACACCAGCAGCACUCGCUGGUCUCUCCGGCGUCGGGCGCCGGUGGCAGCAGUGGGACCGUUUCCUACGUCAACGCACCCCACGGGCUGUUCCCGAUUCCCCUCAGCAAAACGGCAAAAACUUCGCAGAUCUCACGCUUGAAGUACAAGUUUAAAUUCUUAGGCAAAUUUAUGGCUAAAGCUGUGAUGGAUAGUAGGAUGCUUGAUCUACCGUACUCGAUACCGUUUUAUCGGUGGUUACUAGCGGAGGAGAACUCGAUCGGUUUGCCCGAUCUGGACCAGGUCGCACCGGAAGUGCAGGUAACGCUUCUGCGGCUGAACGAGAUCGUCAAACAGCGGGACCUGAUACAGGCGGAUCUCACCCUGGAUGCCAUGGAGAAGACUGAAAAGAUCGAAGCGCUCGACUUGGACGGUUGCCCGAUCGCCGACCUGGGCCUGGACUUUGUACUGCCCGGUCACUCGAACAUUGAGCUACGGCGCGGAGGACGCGACACGGCCGUUACCAUCCACAAUCUGCACCAGUACAUCUCGCUGGUGACCCAUUGGUUCUUGGUCGAGGGCGUUUCGCGGCAAUUCGAAGCACUGCGAGAAGGAUUCGACUCGGUAUUCCCGGUCAAUCGGUUACGCAUGUUCUACCCCGAGGAGCUGGAGAACGUUUUCUGCGGAUCGGGCCUAAAUGCGGCGUCGCACCAGCGGUGGGAUGUCCGAAUGUUGGCCGAAUGCUGCCGGACGGACCACGGCUUCAGCCAAGACUCGCAGGCCAUUCAGUACUUCUACGAGAUCCUGAGCACCUACAAUCGGGACGAGCAGCGUCUGUUCCUGCAGUUCGUGACCGGAAGCCCACGGUUGCCGACCGGAGGCUUCAAGGCUCUGACGCCGCCGUUGACCAUUGUGCGGAAAAAGAUGGAUGGCAAUCAGAAUCCGGACGAGUAUCUCCCGUCGGUGAUGACCUGUGUUAACUAUCUCAAGCUGCCGGACUAUUCGAGCCGGGAAGUGAUGCGCCAGAAGCUGAAACUGGCCGCCAGCGAGGGCAGCAUGAGUUUUCAUCUGUCUUAAAACGCACGCGCGGACGGGACAAAAAGAGAGAUAGAAAGUUUCCCCUUUUUAAAUACUAGUCGUAGCCCCCUCGUUUAUGUUAUCUCAUGUCGUUGCGUUAUUUUCGAAAUUGGUUUUCAUCCUUUGUUCCCGGGGAGGAGAAGCUUGCAACAAAUUUUGUUUUAUAUUAGUGAUGAUGUAUUUUUUUUUGGAAGCAGAGGUGCUGUGUCGCUUCUGAUAGUGCGCGGAAAACUACCGAUUAUCUCAACCAAAUAAAAGCUAGUGAAAUGUGAAA